AUGAUUCCACCAACAGAAACAGAAGUAACAGCAACACCAUCUUCAAACAAUAAUAAUAAUAUAGUUAUAGAAGAGACCAUUCAAUUACAUAGAGAUAUUAAAGGUCAUUUUGAAACUGAUAUAUUAUAUACAAACUCUAAUAAUACAAACAAUGAUGUAAAGAUUGUUGUUGUAUCGGGUAAUCCUGGUAUCGUUGGAUUCUAUGUUGAAUUUAUCAAACAACUAUACUUUAAAUUGGAUCAAAAAUAUGAUAUUGUUGGUGUUUCACAUAUUGGACAUUGUGGUAAAUUAAAUGAACAAUUUACAUGUGAAGACCAAAUAGAACAUAAACGAAUUGUAUUAGAGUAUCUUGUCAAUACUAAAUAUGCAUCACAAAAGAAUACUGUCAAGUUUAUCUUAAUUGGUCAUUCUGUUGGUUCAUACAUUUCACUUAAAGUAUUAAAUAGAUUUAAAGAUCAAUUUACAAUUAUAAAACAAAUUAAUUUGUUUCCAACAUUUAGAAAUUUAUAUGAUGGAUUAUCACCAUUUAUCAAACUUGCCGUUCAGAAUUGGAUGAGAGCACCUGUUGCAAGCUUCUUGCACUAUGUUCCCAAUUUUGUAAAGGAUACUAUUUUAGGACAGGUACUACCAACCGACGACAUGAGAGUGGCAGUCCAACACAAGAUCAAUUAUUGGUCGGCGUUGAAUAUCCUCUAUAUGGCAUACCACGAAACACUCGAUAUCACCAAGGUCGACGACGAAUGCAAACAAGUGUUUGACAAUCGUAUGGACGAUCUCUUAUUCAUCUAUGGUCGCACCGAUCCCUAUACACCACUCAACUUUUUCCAAGAGUUAAAGGCAUCCUAUCCAAAUGGAAGUAUCGAGCUGGCUGCAGAAGGUGUACCACAUGCUUUUGUAUUAUCACAUAGUACCACUGUUGCUGAACGUGUCUCCAAUUGGAUUAUCGAUCAAUUAUCAUCAUCCUCUUAG